GACAAUUCACCUACACAACUGCGGACUCAAAGACGGGAAAUUGCAUUUUCCAAUUGUCUUCUCAGCCGGCAUAUUCCAGCGUCCGUAUUGGCUCCUCACCGUCCCCUGAUUGGACAGAGAACGUCAAUUACAUGUGGCGUUUUUGAAAUCAAACUUGGAACGUCAACAUUGUGGGAGUGCUUGGGUUUUCCUCGCGAGUGUUUUCAGAGAAAUUCUUAAAAAUUAAGCGGAAAAUGACUUCACUGGAAGCUGAGGAGAAGCGAUUGAAAAGUAUAGAACGUGAAAUCAGGUCCGUCCAAUCAGAAAUCGAGAAGACAUCACGAGGCGAAGGACUAGAAGAUUGCGAUGAAGAACUCACCAAACUACAAUUGGAAAACACAAAACUCAAACACCGACUGGAAAUUCUCAACAAAGCAAUCAGCAAUGAACGCAAAAACUCCCCUCGUACAUCACAAAAGCCCCCCGUACAGAGCAACAUUACCGAAAUGGUUUCAAUAACUGAUCACUUGUUGGAGUUAUUUGGUGCAGCCAUUCGUGCUUCCUUCCCCAACUUGACGGAUCCACCAGUUAUUAUCACACCCUCGACAAAUGCCAAAUUUGGUGACUAUCAGUGCAACAGUGCAUUGCCCAUCGCCCAGGUUCUGAAAAAUCAAGGCGAGAAGGUCAGCCCACGCGAUAUUGGUGUAAAAAUUACCACAAAUCUGGCCGCAUCACCUUUGGUUGAGAAAACAGAAGUGGCUGGUCCGGGAUUUGUGAAUGUAUUUCUUGAAAAGAAAUAUGGCGUAAAUGCUAUCUCCUCAGUCCUGAAGAACGGAGUAAAGCCGCCAAAAUUCAAGAAGAGCCGAGUCAUUGUGGAUUUCUCCUCGCCAAAUAUCGCAAAAGAAAUGCAUGUCGGCCAUUUACGAUCGACAAUUAUCGGAGACUCGAUUUGCAGGCUCCUCGAAUUUCUCGGACAUGAUGUGGUCCGGUUGAAUCACGUAGGGGAUUGGGGUACUCAGUUUGGAAUGCUUAUUGCACACUUGGAGGAUCGUUUCCCGAACUUCACAAAAGAAAGUCCACCAAUUGGAGAUUUGCAGGCUUUCUACAAAGAAUCGAAGAAAAGGUUCGAUGAGGAUGAAGUGUUCAAAAAACGCGCCUACAGCUGUGUAGUGAAACUCCAAUCCGGUGAUCCAGAUUCAACUAAGGCCUGGCAGCUGAUUUGUGAUGUUUCACGAAAGGAAUUCCAGAAAAUCUAUGACCGCCUGGAUAUUAAGAUCACUGAGCGUGGUGAAUCCUUUUACCAAAGUCGAAUGGUCGAUAUUGUGAAAGAGUUGACCAGCAAAAACAUGCUCGAAGAAGACGAAGGCCGGAAAAUUAUGUGGGGAGAACAGCAUGGCCAAGGUAUUCCGCUGACGAUUAUCAAGUCUGACGGCGGUUUCACCUACGACACUUCCGAUAUGGCUGCCAUAAAAAAUCGAUUGGCUGAGGAGAAGGCCGAUUGGGUUGUCUAUGUCACCGACGCUGGACAGGCAACACAUUUCAAAUCGAUAUUUUCGUGUGCAAAACGGGCAGGAAUACUGGACCCAACCAAACAUCGAAUAGAUCAUGUUGGAUUUGGAGUUGUUUUGGGUGAAGAUGGUAAAAAGUUCAAAACUCGUUCUGGGGAUACUGUGAAACUCGUUGACUUGCUGGAUGAAGGCCUGAAGCGUUCGCUAGACAAAUUGAAAGAGAAAGAGCGCGACAAGGUUCUCACCCCCGACGAAUUGAAAAAGGCCCAAGAAUCCGUUGCUUAUGGUUGCAUCAAAUACGCAGAUUUGUCCCAUAAUCGCAACAACGAGUACAUUUUCUCCUUCGACAAAAUGUUGGAAGAUCGAGGUAACACAGCUGUAUACCUACUCUACGCCUACACUCGCAUCAAAUCAAUUGCCCGGAACUGUGGCAAGGACUUUACAGCGAAUAUUAAGAAAAUCAUCCAAGAAACACCAAUCCCAGUUGAACACGAGAAGGAGUGGAAACUGGUUAAGGUUUUACUCAAAUUUCCGGAUGUCAUAACGAAAAUCUCCAAGGAUCUGUGUUUGCAUCAUCUUUGCGAAUUUGUUUACGAUGUAAGCACGACGUUUACGGAGUUCUACGACAGUUGCUAUUGCAUCGAGAAGAACCCACAAGGAGAGAUCAUUAAAGUAAAUAACGGUCGGGUUCUGUUGUGCGAAGCAACGGCUGCGAUAUUGGGAGAAUGUUUUGAUAUUCUAGGUCUGAAGCCGGUUUCAAAGAUUUAAAGUGGAUUUUGUUGUGAGUGAUGUUUUGUAUUACGCAAUUUGAUACGUAAUAAAAUACGAGCGAAGAAAUAUGCAUA